AUGCACCAUUGUCCUACCUGCCAUAAAGCCUUCGAUAGGUCCCGCUGCCCGAAAAAGGGUCAUGCCGUCCAGUGUCCUAUACAUCCAGAAGUUUAUAGCGCCCCCGGCAACGAAUGCGCAACCUGCAAGGUUAUUCGUCAAGCGGAGGAUCGUGAGGCGAAGGAGCAAACGAAGAAAGAGAAGAAAGAUAAGAAGAAAAAGUGUUCACGUGUUGAGCAAAGAUUGACGUUCAAAUCCGUCUACAAAUGGAGAAUAGAGACCCUCUUCCUCCCGCCAGCUUCAUCUCCAACUUUGAAACGUAGUGCUAAUCGAAGAUCAAUGCGAAUACUAAGCCCGAUUCUCACUGGCAAGCAAACGGAUGAAUAA